UGGGGGCGGCUCGUCGCAGUCACUCUCUGCGGGGGACGGAGCGUGUCAGACGGGAUGGAGGUUGUCGGUAGCCGCCGGCAGCUCCGCUGAUCUGCGGCCGGCCGGUGCGGUCAACAUGUCGGUGUCCGGGAUGAAGAAGCAGCUGCACAAAGCGAGCCAGCUGCUGAACGAGAGGCUGAUGGGAGCAGAAGGAACCAAGCUGGAUGAAGAUUUCCUGAAGAUGGAGAAGAGUGUCACCGUGAUUCACAUCCUGCUGGCCGAGCUGCUGUCCAAAACCACCGAGUUCCUGCAGCCAAACCCAGCGUACCGAGCCAAACUGAGCAUGCUCAACACCGUGUCCAGGAUUCGAGGGCAGGGCAGGGCGACCGGCUACCCGCAGACAGAGGGCAUGCUGGGAGAUUGUAUGCUGCUCUACGGCCAGGAGCUCGGAGCUGCUUCUGAGUUCGGCGGCGCUCUGGCUGGUGUCGGUGAAGCUCUGCAGCAGGUCGCUCAGGCCAGAGACUCUCUGGACGUCAGCGUCAAGCGAACCUUCAUCGACCCGAUGCAGGAUCUGCACAACUCAGAGCUGAAGGACAUCAGGUACCAGCUGAAGAAGGUCAACGGCCGUCGGCUGGAUUUCGACUACAAGCGGAGACGAAGAGGGAAAGUUCCAACAGAAGAGCUGCGACAGGCCUGGGACAAGUUCAUCACCUCCAAAGAGCUGGCAGAGAGAAGCAUGUUCACCCUGCUGCAGAACGACGUGGAUCAGCUCGGUCGUCUGGCCACUCUGGUCGCUGCGCUGCUCGACUUCCAUCGCAAUGCCCAUCGCAUCCUGCAGGGUCUCCAUGGCAACCUGCAGGCCAGGCUGACGGCUGCCAGCAACAAACCUGAGCGUCGGUUUAAACCCAGAAAAAUCCGAGUCAGGAGCGACUACAGCAACAGCAUCGGGUUUUACCACCAGCCGUCUUCUGUUUCCUCAGGAGAGCAGUUGACAGUGUUACCGUCCAGACCAGGCAGCCCCAUCUCCUGUUACGCUGACAGUAAGCUGGUCCUGGAUCAGCCCUGUUGCCGGGCGAUGUACUCCUUCCUGCCGAACCACGAAGGCGAGCUGGGCUUCAGCGAGGGCGACGUCAUCGUGCUGACCGGCCGGGCCGACGCCAACUGGUACGAGGGGACGCUGGGCGGCCGGACGGGCCUCUUCCCCGUCAGCUACGUGGACGUGCUGGUGCCUCUGCCGUUACCGUGACAACGCGUCCAACAUCCCAAGGACCCCAAAAAGAAGUUAGACGUUAGACAUGUGGGAGACAAUAUGCAAGUUCUCAGCUUCUUAUUUGCACUUUUUCACAAUCAGUCAAAGGAAAGGAAGGCCAUAGUUUCUGAUGCAGAGCAGUGGUUCCCAAAGAGGGGGACUUGAAGGAAAUUUUCUUUCAUCAUAUACAAAAAAAAGAGAAAAAAGAAGUUAAACAUAUCAGAUAACUGCACUGAAACCUUGUUGAAAUCGGCCUCUAGGCAGAGGAUGUGUUUCUGUUUGCUUCAAAAGGAAAAUGGUUUGAUGAUUUCUGCAGGUUUGGAGUGAGCUGCAAGUGAAGGAGUUUAAGUAUCUCAGGGUUUUGUGCACAGUGAAUGAAGCAUAAAUUGGUCAUAAACUUUGUGUUUUGACAACAAAAUGAGGUCCUAAAAUGAGAUCCUCCUAUCGAGAUGUUUGGGCAACCCUUAGAGAUGAAGUGUGAGGAGCUUGGAGUCAAGCUGGUACGAGUUAAGGUAGUUUGGGGCAUCUAUAAUAAUAGUAGUAAUAAUCUUUAUUUAUAGAGUACUUUUCAAAACCCAAGUUAAAGUGCUUCGCAUGGCAGCAAAAUACACACAGAUUAAAACAGUUUGGUGUAUAAAAACUAGCACAGUGUUGGAAAAAAUGUGUUGAAAAACACAUUUUUAAGAAAAGUGAAAAAACGGUUCAAAAGAAUCCAUACUUCAAAUAAAAUGAGGAUAUUCCCUCUGAUAAGAGUAGGUUUUCUGAGUCAGGAUCCUUCUGAGCAACUUUCACUGGAGGUUUUACUAAACAACCUCCUUGUUUUAUAGUGGUUUCUUCUAACUGAGGCCACUGAGGCACAAAUCUUAUGUAUCAAGAAAAAACAUAGAAGCACAAUGAAAGAUCAUUGCAGCUCUGAAAAAAAACAGACCUACAAACACUGAUGUUGCAAUCAGACUAAAUCUGUCAAAAUAAAUAUGUAUUUAAAUAUUGAAUUUUACAAAAACAACAAAUAAAGAAGCUGGAAAAUAUUGCUAGACAGAAGUAAAUCUGAAUUCAUUGUGUUCAACCUGCUGCCAAAGCCAGAGUCAGAAUAAGAGGCUCAGAAUAAAAUUCAGUUUUUUAGGAGCAUCUCUGUCAGAAAUAGCAAUAAUCUGAAGAAGAGUGUUAUCUUUCUAGUAAUAAUUAUCUGAAGCCAGUAGUCCAGCUACUACUGGCUAACAUUUGGCUGCUUACACAUUUCAAAUAAGCCAUAUUUGACAUUGACAAAAGAUAGACAAAUGUCAAUAGACCAGAAUGUUUGGGAACCGCUGCUCUGAAGCUCCUUAGUUUCUGACCUUUGGUUGUCUCAAGUUAUACUUCAAAAGAUAAUGUUGCCGAUGUUCUGUAUUUUUCUCACAGUCAACAACCCAUUGACUCGGCUAAAUUAAGCCAUUUGCCGUGUUUUCACUGAAAACAGGAGGAAACAGCUAGCAUAGCAUAUGGACCUUCAAACAGUGAGCUUAACUCCAGAUUAAGCCUACAAACAAGGCUAAACAGUUAGUUAGGCUAAACAGUUAGUUUUGAUUAGCACGAAGACUGGAAAUAGGAUGAAAUAGCUAGCUUAGCACGUGGACUGGAAACAAUGAGUUUAACUUCAGAUUAAGUCUACAAACAAGGCUAAACAGUUAGUUUAGAUUAGCAUGAAGACUAUAAAUAGAGAGAAACAGCUAGCUUAGUGAAGUGUAAAGAAUGGAAGCAGAUGGAAACAGCUAGCUUAACUUGGUAUAAAGAUAAGCAGGGGAAACAGCUAGCUUAGCAUGAACACUGGAAACAGCUUACUUAGCUGGAGACUCAGAACAGCUAGCUUUGCUUAGGAUAAAGGUUGGAAACAGGUGGAAACAGCUAGCUUAACUUGGUAUGAAGACUGAAAAGGGAGUAAAGUUAGCUUAAUUUAGCACAAAGAUUGGAAACAUCUAGCUUAACUUAGCAUAAAGACAAACAGGAGGAAAGAGCUAGCUUAGCAUUAGCUAAAUAGAUUAGAUUAACAUGAAGACUUUAAAUAGGGGGAAAUAGCUUGUUUUGCUUAGCGUUAAGAUUGGAAAUAGGUGAAAACAGCUAGCUUAACUGAGCAUGAAGAUUGGAAACAGCUAGCUUAACUUAGCAUAAAGAUAACCAGGGGAACCAGCUAGCUUGGGCUUAGGAUAAACAAUAGAAACAGGGAAAUCACAAACACUAAAAACAAUGACAACCAUCCGGUUUAGCUUAGAAUGAAGACUUGAAACAUUGUAACGUUUUGGUUUUCUACAAACUGGUGGUUUGCAAGGUGGCUUCCUGAUUCCAUGUUCACUUCUUGAAGCAGAACUUGAAGCUUCAAUAUUAUGGUAGAAAAUGAAAAUAUCUGCAAUUUAUUUAGAAACUGCCUCACAGAUCACUUUCACACCUUAAAGAAUCGUGACUGUUUGUUGGCAUGUGUUGACUGUAAGAAAAAUGUAGAAAAAUUAUCCUUUAACACAGAGAGAAGAGGCUCAGUCAGUAAACACAACAUUUUUUCCCUUUAAGCCUCUGAGCUACAUUUCAUUCACAAACAGCCUUUUGCAUCACUGCACAUUUACACUUUGGUCUGAGACAAACUGCAGGCUGCUGUGAACAGGGUACUGCUGUAACUGAGUACAUCAUCCUGUGUAAUCCUUAUAGUUCUGAGGUACAAAAGAAAAAAAGUAAAAACACUCAGAUUACAGUUGUGUAAUGGAUGGUUUAUUGUAUUCUGUGUCGGCAGGUUCCUCCACUGACACUCUGCGUGUACUUUAAGCAAAGAUGUCAUAGGUUGUCGGUGCUUUAUCAGCUUAUUGAGGCUCAGGUCAGGAUGGUAAACAAAUGGACAAAAAACUAUACAGAAGUUACAACUGGGCUUUUUGGAGUUUUUGCUGUACAGAUCAUCAGUUUAAGUGCUUGGAAAUUAUCAACUGAAAAAAAGAUGUUCUUUUUACACACGAUAGCUUUAACAAAAUGUAAUUUAGGGGAUACAGAACCACUUCAAAACAGCAUUUAGACUGUUAGAAAAUAUAUUUAAACAGCUGGAGCAAACAGUGAAAAAAUCACAUGCUAAAACCUCUAAAAAAACACACUGGUAUAUGCCUUUAACCAGGUUAAAGGUUAUUGUAAACAAGCACUGAGGAUUCAGGGACUAUUUAAAGGAAUACUUUGACAUUUGAUGUUGACACAAAAUUUUCUCUUGUGUUUUUCAUUCAUUUAUUGUAAACAGCUAGCGUAACUUAGCAUGAAAAUGUAAAACAGCUAGCUUAGCUUAGUGUAAGAACAAGCAGAGGGGACAGCUAGCUUACCUUAGCACAAAGACAAGCAAGAGAAGUGGCUAGCUUAGCUUAGUGAAAGGAUUAAAAACAAGGGAAGCAUCCAGCUUAGCUUAACAUAAAGAUUGAAAGCAGAGGGAAACAGCUUAGCAUAGUAUGAAAACUGGAUACGGGAGAAACAGCUAGCUUGGUAUAAAGACUUAGAUUAGAUGGAAGCAGCCAACUUAGCCUAACAUAAAGAUGUACAAGAGGGGAAAACAGCAUGCUUAGCUUGGCAAAAAGACUGAGAAAAAAGCUAGCCUAGCUCAGUAUAGAAUUUUCUUUAAAAACUGGGAAAACAGCUCACUUAGCUUAGUGUAAAGAUGAGCAGGGCAAAUCUCUAAAUGUACUUUAGAGUAAAAACUAAAAAACAAGACAAUCAGCCAGCUUAGCUUAGCAUAAAGAUCAACAUAGGAAGCAGCUAUCUUAGCUUAGCGCAAAGACUGCAAACAAGGGAAAACCAAUAGCUUAGCUAAGAAUGAAGACUAGAAACAGCUAGCCUAACUUAGGAUAACAACUACAUAUGGGGGAAAUGGCUAGCUUAUCUUAGUAUGUAGGCUAAAAACAAGGGGAAACAGCUAGCAUAGCUCAACAUAAUGGCAAGCAGGGGAAACCGCUAACUUAAUUUAGCAUGAAGACUGGAACCAGGGUGAAACAGCAUGCUUAGCUUAGCAUGAAGACGGAAAACAGGGCAACACAGUUAGCUUAGUUUAGCGUAAGGACUGGACGCAGGGCAAUACAGCUAACUUAGGUUAGCAUAAAGACUGGGAAAAGGGGGAAACACCUGAUUCUGCCUAAAGAAGGAGUUCGUUUAAAGACCACUGAUUAAUAUGUUAGAUCUCAUUUCAGUUCAAUGCCAUUUUUUCUAUACAGCACCAAAUCAUAAUAUGUCGUCACAGAGUACUUCACACGUUAUGAUCAAGUUCACAUCAUUGUUUUAAAUUAUACAGAAAACACCAACAGUUUAUUUUGGAGCAAGCACUGAUUAAAUAUAGUAAAACAAUAAACACUGGGUAGCUCUUCCCAAAAUGUCGGACUGUUCCUUUUAAUCUCAGAGGUCGGUGUGAUGGAGACUGUUGGUUCGUGUCGAUACCAGUCUGAGCUGAAGCUGCUGCUUUUGUUGUAGUUUGUCAGUUAGAAAUACAGACUGUAUAUAAAUUAGAGCACAUACAAGCAGCCGCUGUGUAUUCCACAAAAUGUCCCUUUAGACAGCUAUUUAGAAUAUAAACCUGCAGUUAAUACAGAAUAGACCACCGUAUUUAAUAGUGACUGUUGUAGUUGACAUAAGAAGCCGUGCUGUUGUGAAUCUUCUGGCUUUACGUGAUAAAUGAAUCACUGCACUUGAAUGUAAUGAAAUAAUCAAAUGUGUAAAUGUUCAUUUUGGUUUGGAAGCUGAGGGGAAGCACAGACACGGUUUUAUUCCUCUCUUUCAGGGAAACGUCCAGCCUGUCUGCAGAAUGUUUCUACAGUGUGUUUGUUGUUGAACUGAGCAGACAGCUGGAAAAUAAUCUUAAAUAUCAUCGUCUGAAUAUCCACCAUCACCGAUGUUCUCCAGGUUAACAUUGUUUCAGUGGAAAACACUUUUUGAGGUUUAAAAUAAAGCUUUGUGCUGUUUGAAAUCAUCUCAGAGAUGUAUUAGAUGUUGGAUUAUCUGCAUGGUGACUGUCGAGCUGAUUUUUAAGUCAUUUUGCAGCACUUUUGAAUCCUGUUAUUCCCCUGAGAACACAGAUAUUUGUUGUACAAACUCAGAAUGUAUUUCUGCAAUAAUUUCUUUGAGUAAUAAAUGUUCUUUCAUGUC